UAUUGAAUAAAACAUAUAUUAAACAAAUAUCUUUUAUUCGUACCGACAAAAUGCGAAGGUAUAUACCCGUUGUGAUUUUAAAUGCAAUGCUUCUCUUAGCAGUAAUAUAUAUACUAGCACCAAAGGAGGAGACGAGAGUUCACUUUGGAAAAGAGCAAGAAAUCCUUAACUUAACAUCCGACAUCACCAUUAUGGAAGACAGCUUGUACCUCGAAUAUGAAAGGUAUGUCACAACACUGCAAACGGAUUGUGAACAUAUUUCAAGAUGCGAACCAAGCAAUGAUGCAGGAUAUGACAUUUGUAUUGACUCCGCAUAUGUGCCAACGCAACCUUGUCUUGUUUAUUCCUUCGGCUCACAUUUCCAUUUUGGAUUUGAAAAUGACGUGUACAGACGAUAUAACUGCGAAAUACAUACAUUUGAUCCAAGUAUGCCUAUAGCUGGACAUCGAAUCCCUGAAGGUAUAAAUUUCCAUUUAAUUGGAUUAUCAGACUUUGACCAUAAAAGUAUAUUUGGCUGGAAUAUGAAAACAUUGUCGUCCAUAAGAACGCUUCUUAAUCACAAUUCUAAGGUCUUGGACAUUCUUAAAAUAGACAUUGAAGGAGAUGAAUGGAAAGCAAUACCGCAAAUCUUAGCAUCAGUAUCAAAUAAAUAUAUAAAACAAUUGGUGAUUGAAAUUCAUUUCGGCCGACGUACUAAUGGCUUAAAGAAAGAUGGUUUUAUGUCUUAUAUGCAUAAUUACUGGGGUGAUGCAAAUCCAUUUGUACAGUUAGAUACCUUAAAACAGUUGGACAAACAUGGAUUUAAGAUAUUCAGAAGUUAUAAAAAUAAAAGAGCUAAACUUCAACUACACUAUUCUAAUGAAAAUAUUGUAUUUACAAUGCAUGUUGUUUCAUUGAAAAACACAAACAUAUCAACAUGAUGCCAUCUCAUUUGCUAUACUUUGACAUAUUGAAGAUAAAUAACAAUUAAGGGAAACUAGAUCAAUAUGUUCAUACAACAAAGUAUAUAAUCAAAGGUAUGUACAAAAAUUUCAGAUAAAGUGCAGUUUUGGUAAAAAAUGUCUGUGUAAAUAUAGACCUUAAUGUUCACAUAAGUGGUUCAAAUCAGGAAUGAAAAAAAGUCAACUGUUUUAAUGAGACCUUUAUUAGACCUUUAUUUUUGAGAAUUAAUUAGUGUGGUUAUAAAUGACAAGUUCUACAUGUGUUGUUUUAUUUCGGGCACAAUG